AUGGCUAAUCAUCCAUCACCACUUCCUGGCAGCGGAUCCACGCGCACUGAUAGCUUGACAUUUAUUCCCACCUUCUCUGGCGAGGAGAGGAGAGGCGACAGGAAGUCGAAAGGUGAGGAGUCUGAUUCAAGCAAGCUUUCGAGCGGCUGGAAAUGGUUCAAGAGCGACGACAAGGACAAGAAGAAAAAAGACAAGGAAAAGGAAAGGGACAAGGAGAAAGAGAAAGAAAAGGAGAAAGAAGAUCCGUCAAAGAAGGCCAAGGGCAAAGUCGUGGACAAAUCACACGAAAACGCUCGUCUCGAUGUCAUACAGAGUUCUAUUGACACUGUGGUGGCAAAGGGCCGUGAGAGCCUUCUUUUGGACAGAGAGAGCAUCGACAAUAAGCUGCACGAGGAAAGGAGAAAGGAGAGCAGCCGCAAGUCAAGCGACUCCAAGAAGGAGAAGGAUGGCUUCUUUGGAUCCUUUUUCGGCGGCUCCAAGAAGAAGACCGACAAGGAGUCUUCAAACAGGAAGAGCCAGAGAGCUCUCUCGCCUGAUCCUCCAGCACGGACGCUCCGACCAGAUGUCGACUUUCCCUAUACUCGGUUCCCCAUCCUGGAGGAACGUGCUAUCUACCGCAUGGCCCACAUCAAACUUGCCAACCCAAAGCGCAACCUUCUCAGCCAGGUUCUGCUCAGCAAUUUCAUGUACUCAUACCUGGCUAAAAUCCAAGCGAUGCACCCGCAAAUCCAGGUCCCAACCUCUCCGGCGCAGAAGCGGCAAGACGAGGAGCGCAAGCGCAAGGAGCAGGAACAAGCAUACUUGGAACAGCAAAUGCAGCAGCAGCAACAACAACAACAACAAUCUCAAAGCAACAUCGACCACUAUAACUUUGAGUACCAUCGAGUAUGA